AUGUCGCCCGCUCAACCAGCAACAGCCGACAGCGGUUCCAUCACUGAGCCGCUGCCUCUGGAAAACACUUACACUUCGGAUCUCAGUCUACAAAGGGCUUUGGGAUGGUAUCUUCCUUCUACCACCUUGCAGUCUGUAAAACCACACCUCACCCGGCUGGGUGCCGAGGCUAUCUCUGAGCAGGUCCGCGAGUGGAGUGGCGAUGCUGAACGUAACGUCCCCUACGUGAAAAGUCACAACGUGUGGGGUAAAAGAUAUGAUUAUGAUCGAUUAAUUACCACCGAGGGUUGGAAACAACUCGGUAAAUGGGGUGCUCGAAACAACUUAGUCUCGGCCGGUUAUGACCGGACACUGGGAGUAGACCGGAGAUUAGUUCAAUAUGCGCUAAAUUAUCUUUAUUCGCCUUCCUCUGCACUUUACUCCUGUCCAAUCAGCAUGACAGACGGAGCUGCUUUCAUUCUUUCGUCCAGAAUUAAAGGCUUGCCCUCGGAUCAUCCAUUUUACACAGCAUUCCAAGGAUUGAUCUCGGAAACCGAUGACCACUGGAGUUCAGGGCAAUGGAUGACUGAAAGAGCUGGUGGAAGCGAUGUCCAAAACACGGAAACCUGGGCCACAUACUCGCCAUUAGCUAACCCGGGACCAGACCCUUUGGGUGAUGGUGAUUACCUGAUUAGCGGAUUCAAGUUCUUCUCUUCGGCAACCGAUGCAAACAUUGCACUUUUACUUGCGAAAACCCCAUCCGGAAAACUGAGCACUUUCCUCGCACCGCUCCGACGCACGGUGGUAGGUACCGACGGUGUUUCCAGGGUCGUCUCUAAUGGCGUGAGAAUUCAUCGCCUGAAGAACAAACUUGGCACUAAGGAGCUUCCCACCGCAGAGCUGGAAUUGAAAGAUAUGCGGGCCCAUCUCAUCGGCGAACUUGACCAGGGUAUUGUCACAAUCGCGCCUUUGCUCAAUGUCACUCGCGCUCACACUUUUGUUGGCUCCCUGGCUGGCUGGCGCCGUGCUAUGAGUAUUACCAAAAGUUUUGCGAAGGCAAGAACGACAGUCGGCGAGCCUCUUUGGCUGAUCCCAAUGCAUCUUCGAUUGUUGGCAGACUUGGAAGUCAAACAUCGGGGUGCAAUGAACCUUGCCUGGUUCACGGUCACACUUUUUGGGGUUGUUGAGGAUAACAGUUCAUCAAAUCUUGCCCAUAUUCCACGACCAGGCAAAGAGGCCAAUGUGGUUUUCCGUACCUUGACAGCCACUGCCAAGGCUGUCAUCAGUAAGAUGUCCAUUUUGGGAAUUCAAGAAUGCCAGGAAUCGAUGGGUGGAGUCGGCUAUAUGGAUGAGGCUGACGAGCCUGAAUUCAACAUCUCUCGGAUUCUACGCAACACAGCUGUGAACUCUAUCUGGGAGGGCACUACUAAUGUGCUGGCCAGUGAAGUCGUUCGAUUCCUCCUCAAGAACGACAAUCUCCAGAUAUUAUCAGCUUGGCUCGAGCGAAUUCUGUCUCUUAUUCCUUCAAAGCACCUUGGAGACUCGAGUCUCCAAGGUGCUUUGAAGACUGCAUGGUCUACACUCCAAGCUCGAUUCACAUCUCAAGACCCGGCCUCGACUGUUGCCGAUGGUCGCCGCUUCAUGUUCUCUCUGGCUUGGAUAAUAUCCGGAACUCUUUUGGCACUUGAUGCUGAGCGUGAUCAGGACCCGACGACUACCGAGAUUGCCCGUCGCUGGGUUCUGAGUGCUGAAGGUGGUGUAGGAGACCAAGGUUUCCCCGAUAUUGUUGCGAACAAGGGUCCUGAAGGAGCUUCCAGUGGGGAAGAACACCUGCAAUGGGACUGCCGCAUUGCAUGGGGAAUUGAUUUGCCAGCGGGACGUGCAUCGGGCCAUAGAUCGUUACAAAAGGCGAACUCUAAGCUUUGA